AUCUCAUCCCCCGAGCUUGCCGCUUUUGUCCAUGCCGUUCGAUCGAGCUCCUUCAACUUCUACUGCAUGGCGUCGACCUCGGCAAAUCUCUACAAUUUCUCCAUCUCGGGAUUCAAUAAACUACUGCGAGGGAUCAAAAUGACGACUUAAGAUGAUGUAUCACAGUCGUUGUUUUUGAGCCAGUUGGACAAUUAGGGUUGACAUCGGCUUGCCUCUUUGCGAGGUAGGAUUUUCGGAAUGGCUUGGACAAAGGUUUCCGGAGCUGGGAGGCGAGAUUUGUGUGCCUGCGCUGUGCUUUUUCUGUUGUUUAGGUUAGCUGUUGCUAAUGUUGUAUUAAUCGGAAGGAACGUAUCGAAAUCCUUUCUGGAUGUUGAAGCGACGUUCACUCCGCCUAUUCGAGAAUCUGGUGAGGUUGGGUUUUUGCAUCUCGCUGAACCUCUCGAUGCGUGCACUCGGUUAAAAGCUUCAGUGGCAAACAGUUCAUUAUCUCCAUUUAUUUUGAUAAUAAGAGGAGGCUGCUCAUUUCAUGAUAAAGUUAAGAAUGCACAAAGUGCUGGAUUCGAAGCCGCCAUCGUAUAUGACGAUAAAUAUAAUGGUGGAUUGGUGACAAUGGCAGGAAAGUCAGAAGGCAUCAGCAUUCAUGCUGUGUUCAUCUCCAAGGUAUCAGGUGAAGAACUAAAGAAAUAUGUUAAUCAUACUGAUGUGGAGCUAUGGAUCAUUCCAUACUUUAUGAAUUCACCGUGGGCUAUUUGGGCUAUCUCUUUCGUAUCACUACUCGCUCUGUCCGCUGUGCUGGCUGCUUGUUUUUUUGUGCGUGGACGCCGCAUUACCCAUAUUCGCCGGGGAGCUUCUCGAGUCCAUGUUUUCCAUGGAAUGAGCAAUCGAUCGGUCGAAGCGAUGCAGAGUCAGUUGUUCUCAGAAGUUUUACGAGGCGAUAGCACGACGAAAACCUGUGCUAUUUGUCUUGAGGAUUACAGUGUUGGAGAAAAACUUCGGAUUCUACCCUGCCAUCACAGAUUUCAUGCGAAUUGUGUUGAUUCAUGGCUUACUAUGUGGAGAACAUUCUGCCCUAUGUGCAAGCAAGAUGCUCAAACAAGCCAUGGCGUUCUGCCAGCUUCUGAGACAACUCCAUUAUGCAUUCCAACUGCUUCUUCUUCUUCAACUUUGCCUUCUUUUCCUGACCAGCUGUGCUAACCAAAUCCUUAUCUAGCUUUCCUAACACC